ACACACCUAAAUUGUACAACACAACUUCUCAUAGAAACAACUUAAUUAAUUAGCUAUAUCACACAAAAGAAAUUGUCAUGGCCUCAUCAAAAAUUUUCUUGAUUUUCCUUUUGGCUGCUUUAAUUGCAACCCCCGUUGCAGUAGCCGAAGGAGGACUUCUGAGUGGCCUUCUUGGACUAAUACGUAUAGAUGGGGUUCUAUUUUGUAGCCUUAACGGCAAAAUUGAUGUCAUCAAUGGAACCACCACCCCAAUUUUCCCUAAUGCAUCGGUGCAAUUGCAGUGUGGAGCAGGAAAUGUAGUGUCAAGUACAACAACAAAUGAAUCGGGAGUAUUUUCGCUGGCGUUGGAUCCUCUACAAAAUAUAUUGUCAUCAUUACUGUCUAACUGCAAUAUUGUGGUUACAAGUCCGCUCUCAACAUGUAACGCGAGGUUACCAUCCGUCGGACUUUUGCAGUCAGCCUUGCAGCUUGUUGGGAAAUCAUCUGUUGGCCUUCUUCGUAUUGUCAAUUUAGGUGCUAAUGCUUUUCAACUUAUGCCCAACCUCAAUUAAUUAAUGAACGAGUUAACCAAAAAAUGAUACUCGUAUAUGUGUUGUUUAAUUAAUUAUUGUUUUCUUUCUAGUGAUGCAUCAGUUAGUAAACCUUGUUGCUGAUUGCAUAAAUAAGGAUUGUUGUUGUGUCCACUGUAAUUGUUUGAAUGUCUUCCUUUCUUGUUGGAGUGUUUUUCAUAAUUAUCCAAGUGCAAAUAAUAUUUGUACGUAGUUAAGUGUAAUAUUAUAUAUUGGAGCCA